CACCAUGCUGUCCACCCGGAGACACAGCGCCAGCAUCCUGACCAGAAAGGAAAUCCUAGAAAAUGGGUUCUUGGCCGGGUCCUCCAACCAUAGCCAUUCUUUUCCUGUUCUGAGUUAUUACAUGGACUCUAGCAGUGCUUCCAAACUGGACACCGGGGAGCUUCCCAUGGACUUGGACAGCACAGCAAGUGGCAGUUCUCUGUGUGUUGUCAAGCAGGUAGAGUCUCUGAGCAGCUGUGUGAAGACUGAGCUGCACAGCCUGACCCAGAGCAUCUCUGACCUCGGUCUCAUCUGCUUCUGCAAGGCCCACCAUGGCCACGCCACUUUUGAGGUGUCUGGUUUGCCAUGGGAGCACCCCAGCAGAGACGGCCGCCUGAUGAAUGUGUCACAGAAGACCUCGACACCUUGCAAACCACUGGAGAGCCUGCUCUUCAAGGGCCCUGGGCUGGUUGGAGAUCUCUCAGCCCUUGGGAAAGUGCCAACACCUAGGUGGGACAUCUCCACAGUAAAAUCCUUUAUGGAUACCAGCACAUCCCUUGACGUAAGCACUGAGGAGUUAUGGUUACUGGGAUGCUCCAAACCAGCCACGUCAUCCCUGGAGACCCCUGUGGUGAUUCCUCUGGCUUGCCCUGGUGCCUUCAAGAAGCACCCUACACUGAUCCACAGCUCUGCCACCCUGCAGACCCAGCUGAGCGAUCCUGACACCGUCCCUGUGUUUCUGCACCGGACUCUGUGAUGCUGCUGCCCUGGCUCCAGCUGGAUCUGCUGGGUGCCUGCACCCUGCUGCAAGGAGCAGAGAUCCACGCUGCCGCACAGAGGACGGAGCCAGCGGCUUGAGUGGUGACGGCGGCACCUGGUGACAAGUUAAAUCUCCCCCCCCCCCCCCCCCCCGGGGUGACUGACUCGGCACUGCUGGUGGGGGAUGUUUGGGCUGGUGAUGGCACCCCCGAGAGCCGCAGCCUUGGCGGCUCCUCCCCCUCCUCCUCGAUCCCUCUCUUUUGU